AUGCCUGAGGUUUAUUAUGGAGAUGCAAUAUGCAGAGAGAAGGUCGGUUUGUUGUUGACAGAAAUGGGGUUCUCUGAAUGGCUAAUACCCCUCCAAAAUAUAGAAGAAUUUCGGUACGAGAGAAAAACUGGGUUUGUGUGGAUUAGACAGAGGCAGAAGGGAGUGCACAGAAUUGAAGACAUUGGGGGUAGGCUCAUCUGGUUUGACUAUGUCAUCACCGCCUAUGUUAGCCCCAAAAAGGUCACCCAGCUAACAGGUGUUCAGGCCAAGCAGUUUAUCUUUUGGUUCAUCUUGAGUGAAAUCUACAUGGACAACCCUUCACCUGGUCAAAUCACAAUCAGGACUCGAUCUGGCAAUACAGUGUCCUUUACACUGUAA